UCGACUCAUUUUCAUACAUGGGGUAUAUACGGGCGUUGAAGAAAUGGGAAAGAACAGCAGCGUGGGGGGCAUUAAAUAAACAUUUUAAGCAGCCAGGGGGCAAUAAGAGUGGGUUAAUGUGAUCUUGGAAGUGUUAUCCGUGUGAGGGAGGAGAAAACGCGCUGAGUCGUGUCGGUUUUUUUGGUGUUCUUUGGCGUUGAAAGAGGCAAGGCGCCUCCCAAAGCUGUUUUUUUUUCGCUUUGGUUUCAGCUGCAGUGGCCGAGCUGCACCGACAUGGCCCUGGGCUCAGCAGCAGCCUCACACCGCUCAGUGUUCACACUCAUCUAUGCAAGCCUGUGUGUUCUCACUACAAAUAACAAAUAAUCUCGGCUCAAAUCAUAUGUAGCCAUAAAACGUCCAAGUGCCGAAAAACUACGGAGUUUCAUCUUGAAAUUAAGAAAAGUGCAGGUCACAUGGAGCGAGCAGGAAGCAUUCAGUUGGACAUCCCGGACUUCAGCAACUCGGUCCUGUCCCACCUGAACCAGCUGCGUAUACAGGGCCGGCUAUGCGACAUCGUCGUGAACGUGCAAGGCCAGAGUUUCCGCGCCCACAAGGUGGUCCUGGCUGCUAGCUCACCCUAUUUCCGGGACCACAUGUCGCUGAGCGAGAUGAGCACCGUGUCCCUGUCGGUGAUCCGCAACCCGUCGGUGUUCGAGCAGCUCCUCUCGUUUUGCUACACGGGCCGCUUGUGUUUGCAGCUGGCCGACAUUAUCAGCUACCUGACGGCCGCCAGCUUCCUGCAGAUGCAGCACAUCAUCGACCGCUGCACACAGAUUUUGGAGGGGAUUCACUUUAAGAUCAGCCUGGCUGACGUAGAGGACGAGCUGCGUGGACGCCGGGGGACGGCACGGACCAUCGAGGCCGAGAGGGGCGCCUCGCGUUCGCUCAGCCCCAGGCAUGGCGCUUCAAGAGUCCUGGCUGCACACGGAAUUGCUAGCGGGGUGAUGGAAGUGAGCGAGAUCAGAGAGGUCAGUCCGCCCGGGGAGUCCAUGAGCCCACAGAUCGUCGAGCACAGCGGGCUCGGGCCCGAAGCUGUAGGUGCAGUGAACGAGCCCAUCCUGCGCAUUAACCGGGCGGGCCAGUGGUAUGUGGAGGCAGGGCCUGACAUAGAGAGGAGCCGGGAUGAGACCAUGCACGUUGUGGAAGGCCUGCGCAUCAAGACCGAGCGCAUGGAGGAGUGGAUGGGGGCAGAGACUCAAGCCUCAGCGGAGGAAGGAAGCGGGACAGAGGAAGGGCCCACAGUGAUGAUCGACACCUCGGGGCGCAGCACGUUGGUGCAGGAGAGCUUCAUUACUGGCGCUUCCAGAGCCAAAAGCUCUCAGCCGUCCAGCAGCUUCAGCGAGUCCGAGAGGUUCAGCCCAACAGGCAGCGUGGUGGUGAUGGCGGAAAGACCCAGAGCCAAAAGCGAGUCUCCAGGAAGAGUGGACGAUCAGAGACAUCCGAGUUCUCAGGCAGAGGAAGCAGCUGUGUUUGACGUGGGAGGGUACGAGGAGUAUCUGCGUGAGCAGGUGGGCGAUCGCUGGUUCCGCUACAACCCUCGCCUCACCUGUAUCUACUGCUGCAAAUCCUUCAACCAGAAGGGCAGUCUGGACCGGCACAUGCGCCUGCACAUGGGCAUCACGCCGUUCGUGUGCCGCAUGUGCGGGAAAAAGUACACGCGCAAGGACCAGCUGGAGUACCACAUCCGCAAGCACACCGGCAACAAGCCCUUCCACUGCCACGUCUGCGGCAAGAGCUUCCCAUUUCAAGCCAUCCUCAACCAGCAUUUCCGCAAGAACCACCCGGGCUGCACGCCGCACGAGGGCUCUCACAGCGCCUCUCCUGAAACCACCACCACCACCAACAAUAACGUCAACAACGCCAACGUAAACGCCGCCACGCCGCGCCGCGCUCAGCACGACGACGACGACGAGUCCGAGGGAGGAACCGGCGCAGGAGCCAGAGGGGGAGCGUCGUCUUUCGGCGAGGGUCAACCGUCCGUCUCCACCACUGGACCCGAUUGAAGAGAUCGGGGUCGAUACAACGCACGGUGGGCGAGGAGAAACAUUUUGAGGCUUUGAGUAU